AUCAUAGUUAAGUGGCUAUUAGCUUAAACAGAAGCAGUUCAUAUUUGCAAGAGAAAGCAUUUCAUCAACUUUAUCGUCAGCCAUAGCGGAAAGGAAAAAAGAAACAGUCUUCAUAAAGUGAUAAUACUUUUACUUUGGAUAACAUCAUAGUUAAGUGGCUAUUAGCUUUUAGCAGAAGCAUAUGCUUUUGCAUUUAGAAUAUCCCUCUUUUCGAAUCGUAUAACUUGUUACAAGCCUCUCAAAAGGGAGAUUCGUCCGCCAAGGAAAGACAGAAAUGGCCUCGAAAGUACUAGAGGAGAAAGGAGUGAGGAACCAUAACAUUGAAGAUAGAAUCUACGAGAUACACGCUUUUGAAAAAAAAAAAAACAAAACAAAAAACUGUGUGCGUUCGUGAAGUUAAUUAAAUGGGAGGUACAUCAUUUGAAGUCCAUUCCCUGUUUAACUAAAAAAAGAAAGUUCAACCUUAUGAAUGUGUUUGAACCAUCAAAUGGACCGGACGUGGCCGAAGCCUGCAAGGGCCGGAUUUGGUCUAGUAGGCGAGACAACAGAGGCAAACAGUUUGACGCGCCAGACAAGAACAGGGAUAUUUUAUGUGCAGACAUGACAAAAGGAGCGGAAGGCUGGGGAGAGAGAGAAAUUUAUACCAAGUGGAUGGGCGACUGUCAAAAGAAAGAGAAAAGAGUGAACCGUUCGUAUGGCAACAAAUCCCAAAGUCCAUUACUAAGACAAGGAAUUACCUCGAAAGAGCUGGAACUCAGUUGGAACUCAGUUGGAACUCAGUUGGAACUCAGAGCUGGAACUCAGUUGGAACUCAGUUGGAACUCAGUUGGAACUCAGUUGGAAAAGGCUGAUGGGAUAUUAGCCACAGGAAGCCUGAUAAAAUAUUUCUGA